AUCUUUACUACCGUGUUAUUUUGGCGUGGUGUCGCUUACUCAUACUGAAAGCGAAAGAAGGAACGAAGCCGUAUAACAAAACAGUCCAUGUCGAGUUGUCAGUUAAACAUUAGUUCCACCACCGAGAGACGUCGCCUUGUAGAGGAGCGUGUAAGUUAAACAUGGCCUCAAUGGGUAUCCUCCUUUUUUUCACUGCCGUCUACAUCAGAACAGGACAUACAAACACAGCUUUUGUAAAUGUGGAGUGCCAGGAUGGAAAGGUGGGACAGUGGGGCCAACAGUCACUGCUGCAGUGUGUUGUCAAAACCACACAAGAAAACACAGAAAUCCGGGUGGUCACUUGGAAGAAAGAUGGACUCGAUGAUCCCUUACUGCUUUUUCACAGAGGGAAAAUUGUUCCAAAGCAAGGCUAUUCUUUUGCCGAGCCUUCCUGGAAUGUAAGAAACAUGAACGUAUCCCUGCUCAUCGCCGACACUUCUGUAAAGCACGAGGGAGUUUAUAAAUGUAUGGUGAUGACAGACAGCGGCGACGGAUCCAGCAGCACCAACCUUAAGGUCACAGCCAAAUACAACAAACCAACUAUCCACUCCGACCCUCAGAAAAUACUUCCUAAUACAGAUUUUACUCUGACAUGCGAGUCUGAUGGCGGCUACCCAAAAGGUCAACUUCGCUGGUUUGAUGAGCACAACACAGAGUGGACAAAAAGCUCUCAAAAGGAGGAGAACCAGAAAGAAAGUGGUCUGUUUAACCUCUCUAGCAAGCUGCAUUUGCGGAAAGGAUCCGUGUUCACCAAAUACACCUGCAAAGUGUUCAAUGCCAGUAACGGCAAAGAGGACGAGGCCACCUUUGAAGUACACAGUGCACCAGGUUCACUUGGCAACUUCACAGCCACCAAAUCUGAUCUGCCAGCUACCAAAAUAGUCGCUCCUGUGGUGGUCAUCGGAUCUCUGAUCGUAGGGUUGCUGUUGGCGCUGCUGAUCUAUAGAAAGCGAUCUCAAAAAGCGCGGAGACACUCCACAACACCCCUUAUGGGUGACCAUCGUGGGCUCGCUACAAGCGAUUACGAUGAUGGUGAUCCGGAGGGGGAUAAAACAUGCCAAGUCAGCCUGGCCUGAGGAGACACUGCAUGUCACAUGACACCUGCUAAUGCACUGGGAACCUCUGAAAUCAACACUUCCUUGUUUGCUAAUCUCCACUCUACCGUUCCCUAUUGCAAACAACUCUGUAUAUAACCAGGAAUAACUUGUACUACUGUGAUUAAUCAGAGGAACUGUCUUAAAUGAAAUCCAAAUGUGAAAAAAGAGCUCUGAAUUUGAAUCAGAUGAUGGCCAUCUAGUAGGCAGAGGGUACUGUUCAGGCCAUGUGUCCUUUAAACUUUGACAACCACAUUGGGUUCUAUGUGUAUCAUCACCACCGUAGUUAAUUUAGGAGGGCAGCAGAUCUUUGAUAUGUUUUGGUUGUUGGAGAAAAUGUUUUGUUUAAUUGUGCCCACACAGUAGCUUGGCAGGAAUGGCCCUCCUUCUCACUUCCUCCUGUCAUAUUAAGUCAAGAUUCUGAAGAAAGCGUUUUGCAAAAGAAAGUCGUAUUAUUAGGAUAAGGGUAAGUAGUUAUAUGUGUAUUCCGUGGAAAUGUAACAAAAGACAAGACUAAUCCCAUGAAAAGACCAAAAGCAGCUAUGUGUUAGCCCAUCUCAGGACUUCCUACCAUCUGGGCCUCUCAGAUCCUCAUUCAUACUGACGACAUUAAUGGUUAAAACGGUAAAAAUGCGUUACAUGCUUGGAACUUUUUUUUUAAAAAGCUUCAGUAAUUUCCCUAAACAGCUGGGCGCCAGCUUUUACUAAAGGUUACUGAAGAGCUAAUUAGUGUAUUCUCAGUCCCACAUUAUU